AUGUCAGAUCGUGAUCAUGCAGUGCCUGCCUGGGACGGGAGUGCACGCUCGUGGCGGCGCUACACCCGUGAAGUUGCUUGGUUUGUGCAAGCCACUCCAGUGCACAAACGAAGGCAGUGCGCGCCGAAGCUCUUGAGCCGGUUGUCUGGUCCAGCACGCUUGCUGGCGAUGAGCUGGAGCAAGACGGCCUUUGACCACGCGGGCGGCAUCCAUGCCUUUUUGCAACGGCUGGCAGCGAGUCCCUUGGUGAGGAAGACGUUGCCAAAUGCUGCGGCGAUCUGCCAGCAGUACUUUGCGUUCCGCCGAGGCCAAAACGAAUCGAUUGGCAACUUCCUGGUACGGGAGACUUUGGUCCAUGAAGAGUUCACGGAGGCGAUCAUCCGCUUGCAUGAGGAGAAGCUAGGGAUCUCCCAAGAGAAGAGAGACUUUGGCCUGCCACCGGUGGAUGAUGGCGGCGGAGAACAGUGGGGCUGGUGGUAUGAUGAGUGGAAUGGCGAGGAGGACUAUGACCAGGACCAGCGCGGAGAACCCGCCGAAGACAUCGAUCCACCCGAAGGUGAGCGUGCAGCGGAUGAAGGACGUGAAACCGACCGAGAUCGUGAAGACCCUCGUACCCCGCAACAGCGAGCGGCCACAGGUUCAUCGCCCAGUCGACGAGAUGGUUCACAGCGAGUUUCAACGCCAGUGCCAUCUGAGACACCGGUUGUCCAGGAACCCAUCGACGAGCUGUCGGUGGCGGACUCGUUCAUCAUGGGCGUGCUUCGUGGAUGGAGGCUACUGCAAGCCGCCGGGCUGAGUGCCGAGGAGAAGCGUGACAUCCUCAGCUCGACGAAGAACAGCCUGGACUACGAAGUUGCGGCAUCGGCCUUGCAAAGCUUGUGGGAUGAGCAGCUGCUUGGGCAGCGUGGUGGCGGCCAUCAUGGUGGUGGUGGCUACUCAGCCCACUUUGCGGAGUACGACGACCAGGACCACGAGGCCUACUACCAAGAUUGGUGGGACGACGAUGAUGGCUGGUGGAUGGACGGCUACUAUGCCCAGGGCGAGAACGACUGGUGGACCGACGACUACCAGUACCACGAGAACUACCAGGCGGCAGCAAACGAACAUCCUGAUGAUGGAGGCGUGGUCGAUGAAAAGCUCCAGGAGCUACAGAAGGCGGAGAAGAUGGCGGAAGCAUUGGCCCUGGAAGCACAAAGGACGUGGAGCGAUGCCCAGAAGGCGACCCAGGCCUUGCGGAAGGACAGAGGCUUUGGGGCCACGGCACAGAUGGGUGGUUCGGGGCGAUGCUACAUCUGUGGCGGCAACCACUUCAUGCGCGAGUGCCCUGACCGCCGUCACCCCAGCAAGGGCAAGAGCAAGUCCAAGUACGGCUACCACAUGAGCGCCGACGACUUCAACGGCUACUACAUCGGCAAGGGGAAAGGAAAGGCGAAGGGCAAGUCCAAGAAGGGCAUGUGGCUGGAAGGACAGGCGAUUUGGAAAGGGAAGAGCAAGGGCAAGAACAAGGAGAGUGGCCUGAGAACCGUGAAUGCCUACGCACAAGACCUCUUCCUGGGAGGACUGGAGUUGACGGAUGUGAUGGAGAUGGCGUCGGCAACCACUACGCCCUUGAGUCCCCAGCAGGGCAUGAUCGAUUGUGGCGCCACGGCAUCCGCGGCACCUGAGGCGGUAGUCAAGGAUUUGAUAGCAGCUGUUCUCACUCAGGACAAGGGAGCCCGCAUCGAACUUGACCAGUCCUCGCGCCCGUAUUUCAGGUUUGGCAAUGGGAAGUGGGGACGUGCACUAUGCAGAGUACAUCUCACAAGUGAUGUUAGUGGUAGCCCCCGGCACUUUUCCUUGUACACCCUUCCCAAUCCUGCCGAGUAUUACCAAGCUCAACUCGAUAAGCAAGCCCUCGUGCCUGUCUUGGUUGGCAUGGAUUACCUUGGACGAAAGGGUGUUGGAAUGAUGAUAGACUUUGCGACAGGCCUUGCCAUGAACACCAAGGAGAAGAUUGUGGUGGCCAGCAUCAAGGAGAAGACCCCAAAGGCCAAAGCUCGACCGCUGGAUCCGUCGAGAGCUCUGGAGGGCGACACGAGAGAUCCGCGGGCAUCAUCAAAGCAGUGGCCAUGCUACAACCGGCACGUGGCGGACACCCCCAAGCAGAACCCUCACGGCCAAUGGACACAUUGCGCAGUGCGCGACCUGAGGUUGUCCUACGUGCCAAGGAGCGGGUCACAUGGGGCGACAACGAUGGUGAAGAACCCCGAGAUGGUCCGGCGGAUGCUGACCGAGCUGCACCCCCUGAUGGGCGACUUUCAGCCAACAGCGACUAUAUGUCGUGCGAUGCAACGGAAAAUCGAUGCGGAGGAGCAGCUCACGGCGGCCAUUUCCGAGGUGAAGAACCCUGGGAUGAAAGUUCGCGCAACAACACGACCAACGCCGGCUACAACCUCGGGAAGCCCACUGACGACCGGCGAGUCAUCGACGGGAAGCUGGCAACUGGCAUCCGAGACCGAGGAUCAGAAUCUGGCAAUGGCAUACGAGAUGGAGCGGGGCGGCCAGUAA